UCGAACCUUCCGCUUCUUUGAUUGAAUCAACGUACAAAUAUGCCCCUCCAACUUCAAGACUUUUCUCUCUUUUAUUUAAACAAAACUCUGUUUCACUUUAUGUUCUUUCAAGUCCAUAUAGCCUGCCAUCCUUCAGUAACUUAAUUCACAAGUUUGUUUUUUGUUCUUCUCUUGAAUUUUAGAGCUUAGCUUAUAGGGUUUUAGAAGAAAAAGAAGAAGAAAUAUUAACAUGACGACGAUGGAGAGUUUAAUUGGUUUGGUGAAUAGAAUUCAGAUGGCAUGUACUGCUCUUGGUGAUUAUGGCGGUGCUAAUAACUCUUUCUCUUCUCUUUGGGAUGAACUUCCCUCUGUUGCUGUCGUUGGUGGUCAGAGUUCAGGAAAGUCAUCUGUGUUGGAAAGUAUAGUUGGCAGAGAUUUUCUUCCACGAGGAUCAGGGAUUGUUACAAGGAGACCCUUAGUAUUGCAGCUUCACAAGACGGAUGAAGGGCAGCAAGAAUAUGCAGAAUUCGGUCACCUCCCAAGAAGACGGUUUACAGAUUUUUCACUUGUACGGAAGGAGAUUCAGGAUGAAACUGACAGAAUAACAGGGAAAACAAAGCAGAUUUCUCCUGUUCCUAUCCACUUGAGCAUAUACUCCCCAAAUGUGGUCAAUUUAACACUGAUCGAUUUACCUGGCUUGACCAAAGUUGCUGUUGAGGAGCAGCCUGAGAAUGUUGUCAAAGACAUUGAAGACAUGGUUCGAUCUUUUGUUGAGAAGCCCAACUGCAUCAUUCUAGCAAUUUCUCCUGCCAACCAGGAUAUUGCCACGUCAGAUGCUAUAAAACUUUCAAGGGAAGUAGAUCCCACAGGUGAACGGACAUUUGGCGUGUUGACUAAGCUUGAUUUGAUGGAUAAAGGGACUAAUGCUUUAGAUGUGCUUGAAGGAAGGGCUUAUCGCUUGCAACAUCCUUGGGUUGGAAUUGUGAAUCGUUCACAAGCUGAUAUAAAUAAAAAUGUUGACAUGAUCUAUGCAAGAAGUAAGGAGCGUGAAUAUUUUGCAAGCAGUCCUGACUACGGGCAUCUGGCUAGCAAGAUGGGUUCAGAAUAUCUUGCAAAACUUCUGUCAAAGCACUUGGAGUCUGUAAUUAGAGCUAAAAUACCAGGCAUCACUUCGGUUAUCAAUAAAAGCAUAGACGAACUUGAAUCUGAGAUGGACCAUCUUGGGAGGCCUAUUUCUGUUGAUGCUGGGGCACAAUUGUAUACUAUCUUGGAACUUUGCCGUGCUUUUGACAAGAUAUUUAAGGAGCAUCUUGAUGGAGGCCGUCCGGGAGGUGAUCGAAUUUAUGGAGUUUUUGACAAUCAGCUUCCUGCUGCUUUAAGAAAACUCCCAUUUGACCGGCAUCUUUCAAUACAAAACGUGAGAAAAAUCGUUUCUGAGGCAGAUGGAUAUCAGCCACACUUGAUUGCACCUGAGCAAGGUUAUAGACGGCUUAUUGAGGGAGCACUAAAUUAUUUUAUAGGGCCAGCUGAAGCCUCUGUAGAUGCUGUUCACUUUGUCUUAAAGGAACUUGUGAGGAAAUCAAUCGGAGAAUGUCAGGAGUUGAAGAGGUUUCCUAGUCUGCAAUCUGCAAUAGCUGCAGCGUCAUAUCAAGCCUUGGAGAAGUUUCGUGAAGAAGGUAGAAAGACAGUCUUAAGACUUGUAGACAUGGAAUCUUCCUACUUGACAGUAGAUUUCUUUAGAAAACUUCCUCAGGAAGUGGAGAAAGGGGGAAAUCCGGCAGCUACUAAAGGGGGGAAUCCAGCAGCUACUCCUGCUGUGGACCGGUAUGCAGAGGGUCACUUUAGGAGGAUUGGGUCAAACGUAUCAUCUUAUGUAAAUAUGGUGACCGAUACGCUGAGAAACACUAUCCCCAAAGCAGUGGUUUAUUGCCAAGUUAAGGAGGCCAAACAAUCUUUACUAAAUCACUUCUACACUCAAAUUGGGAAGAGAGAGGGCAAGGACCUGGCAGAAUUGUUAGAUGAAGACCCAGCUUUGAUGGGGAAAAGGGAGCAAUGUGCCAAGAGGCUUGAACUAUACAAAAAGGCAAGAGAUGAAAUUGAUUCUGUAUCAUGGGUUCGAUGAGAUUUGACAGACGAGACAUUUCUUGUAUGAUAGCGCAACUCAUGGUAUGAGUGAAUCCAGUAGUCAUAAUCUGAUAGCAUAUAUUUUUUGAUUGUAAUAGACUUUAUCAUCAUAGUAUUAGUAUGAUCAAUGCUUAAUGACAUGUCUCUAUUAAAUGAA